AGAAUACCCUGUGAAACCUGAGAGAUCUAGUUAAACGUUGUCCCGGGCUAACGAUUGAACCCCGGGUAGAUAAAGUCCGAAAUUUGGAGCGAAGCAGUAAGUUGUUGUCACCAGCAAAGGCAAAAGCUGAUAUACGAAAACUACUUGCUCAAUCUUCUAAGAUGGACAAAGUAAUCACAAAAACAGCUCCAUUCGAUGCUCGCUUUCCAAACAUGAACCAAACGAAAAGUUGCUGGCAAAACUACCUCGACUUUCAAAAGUGCACGAAAGCUAAAGGUGAAGAUUAUGAGCCAUGCCAGUAUUUCUUCAGAAAUUUUAAAUCACUAUGUCCAGUUUCUUGGGUGGAAAAAUGGAACGAUCAACUUGAAAGUGGAACGUUUCCUGCAAAGGUCUAAAAAAAUUUUCUGGAUAUGUAAACGUUCAUGUUUGUAGAAAUCAUUUAAUCGUAAAUAUAAAUGAUUAUAAAAUUGUUUGCUUUGAAA